AUGACUUCCACAUUAUCUUACUUUGUUUUGCAAAAUACACCGCAAGGUCCAGGCGGAAAUGCAAGUAAUAUCAGUGUAAAACAUCUUUUCAUUUUGAAACAACCAAUGUAUAUGAUUGCUAUAUAUUCGAUUGCCUACUGCGUUGUGUUUUUGUGUGCUCUUUUUGGAAACCUUUUGGUGGUAACAGUUGUGUUUAGAUACAAGGCCAUGCGGACAGUGACCAACUGCUUUAUUGUUAACCUAGCCGUAGCGGAUAUUCUUGUUGCAGUUUUUAAUCUUCCAAUCACCUUGUUGUCAAAUUUUUACUUAGGUUGGCCAUUUGGUCCUGUUUUGUGCAAAGUGACGCCAUACCUCCAAGGUGUCUCUGUAUGCGCGUCCGUAAAUACCCUGGCAGUCAUCGCAGUAGACAGAUAUUUUGCAAUCUGUUCACCGUUGAAAUACAAACUUGAUUCUACAAAACUACGGAAAAUUAUUAUUUGUAUCUGGAUGACUUCUUGCAUAAUUAUCAUUCCAUGGGCCGUAUUUUACAUUGAAGAGGAAUAUAAAUACACAGAAGGAAUCAUGCUCAAUAUAUGCUAUGAAAAAUGGCCAAGCGAGAUGGCAAGAAAUGGUUACUUUUUAGGCGUGAUUUUCCUGUGUUGUUAUACCAUUCCUUUGAUACUAAUAUGCAUAUGCUACCUAGGAAUUUGCGUUAGGGUUUGGAAUAGGGAACAACUAGGUGCCAACAGAACAGGGAACAACGUUAUUCAAAGAUCGAAAGUUAAAGUUGUCAAAAUGCUGGCGGUAGUGGUUUUCUCGUUUGCCUUCUCCUGGUUACCUUUAUACAUAGUAAAUAUGAUCAUUUCAUUCCAUGACACAAAUAACAACUUUCUGCACGAUACUAUCAUUCCGUUUGCCCAGUGGUUGGGGUCAUCUAAUUCCGGCAUGAAUCCAAUUAUUUACUGCUUUUUCAGCAGAAAAUUUAGAAACGGCUUCCGAAAACUGUUGUGUCCUGCAAGACCUAGUUCAAAUACAUAUAAUUUCCGGCGAACUAAUACCCCUAAAGGAGGCAUACUGUCGGAAUCUUCUGGUAACAAACGUUCAUAUACAUUUGUAUAAAGACAUUUUUCCACUAACCAGCACUUUU